CAACAAAUAAUUAAAAGAAAAAAAAACAAGAUCUCAAACCUCGUAUAUUCCUAAAAGUAAAACGGCUGCUUUAUGCCAUUGCAUGAUGCAAUAAAACACUUUUAGAUAUAUGAACCACCCUCCUCCUAACCAUCUUCGUCUUUUUCCCUUUUUUGUUUUCUUACCGCUAUCAUUUCUCUUCCCAACACGGAGAAAUCAAGACAAGGACCUGAAGUUGAAGCUUUGAGUUCUACCACACAUCUUACGUAUAUAUAACACAAAGGCAUCUCGACAUCAUUGAGAUACCUAUGAUAAAACAUUAGCCAUAAGGCAGUCUGUUGGAUCCUGACAUCUCCUUUUUAACGAAGAAGUGAGCCGCUUGCUAAUUAACCUGUCAGGAUUCAGCAGGAGGAAUUACAAGAAAGACACAAUGUUGAGAAACAGGCGGCAAAAUGGGUCAGGCUCUCCAAGAUCUACAACGUCGAGUCCAACAGGUUCGCCGAGAAUAAUAGUAACUCGAAGCAUCGGUGGUUCCCCUAGAAGCGAGGUGGGAGAGAUUGAUACGAGAUCACCUUUCCAAUCCGUCAGAGCUGCUGUUAGUUUGUUUGGCGAAGCUGGUACCGGUUCCUCCCCCAAGGCUAAGCCUCUUACCUUUAAGAAAUCAAAAACCGCUGAAGAGAAGGAGAGUCAGCUUAACUUGGCCCUCAGAGAACUUGAUAGCCUCAAACAACAGAUAAAAAGCACAGAAACUACAAAAGGUAAUGCUCUCCGUGAGCUGGAAAAUGCCAAGAUAACUCUGCAGGAACUCACAAGCCAGCUCGAAACGUUAUGCAAAUCAAAGCAAGCAGCCAUUGAGGCAACCGAAGCUGCAAAGGCACGAGCCAGACAACUCCAAGAUGAGAAAUCCAACAGCGAGCUAGAUGAGCAUCGAUAUCUGCUUGUUGCAAAUAAAGAACAAUCUCCUCUUAGGACAGCUAAGGAAGAAGCAGAGAAGAAAAUCAGGGACGAAAAUCUAGUGGAGAAGCUUGAGGAAACUAAUAAGGCGAUUGAAAGCUUGCAAGAACAACUCAACAAUGUCCGUACCUCGGAUUUGGAUUCUUUUGCCAAAGCAAGUUCAGAGCUUGAUCGUACUAAAAAGGCAUUUCAAGAGAUAGUAGCCGAAGAAAGGUUUUUCAGAAGCCUGGUGGAUUCCUUUCAAUCAGAAUUAGAUAGCUUCAAGGGACAUAACUCUCAACUUAAAAAGAAGGCAGAUGAAGCAGAAGCCCUUGCUGAGAACUUGCGGUUAGAUCUUGAUAACAGCAAGAAAGAGCUUGAAGCGAAAACGCCAAAGGGAGAAAUCCAACAGUUUACUUCCGAGGCUGUUCAUUUUCUACAGGAAGCAGAAGAGAUGAAGAAGAAGGCGGAAUUACUCAGACAAGAGGCUGUAACAGCUCGAGCUGAAGUCAAGGAAGCAGAGGAAAGACUGAAAGUUGCAGCUGCAGAGACGCUCGCAAGUGAUCAGAUUCACAAUUCAUCAAUAACAGAAGACGCUUCUGAUCUGAUAAGCUCAGAGUCUAACAGAAAGAUCAAAUUGGCAGUUGAGAAAUACGAAGCUUUAAGCAAAAAAGUGGAAGAAAUCAGAAAUGAGGCUGACAUAAAGGUUGCUACUGCCAUGGCUCAAGUAGAGACCAUUACUGCCAAUGAAAAGGAAGCACUCGUGAAAGUGGAGGCAGGUCUGAAAGAGAAGCGGGACAUAGAAAUUGCAAUCAAGGAAGCUUUAAAGGCAGCAGAGAUGGCCGAGGCAGCCAAAAAGGUCCUUGAGGGACAACUGAAGAAAAAAACAUCAAAAGCAAUAAGAUCACGUAGCUGGAGAAUCUUCUAAUAGAAAGGAAGUGACAGUUUUGUGAUCAUCCAUGCACAAUAUGAGAACCAGAAUUCAAGUUGAGAACCUUUCUUUUUUGAUAAACAAGUCUAAGAUUUUAUUAAUAUGGCAAAAGGGGCACCGACUGAUUGCUUGUGCAUAACUGAGAGAUACAUGAAGCAAAUUUCCUACCCUCCCAUAUGGGACAUUUGUUUUGUUUAUGCUGCAUUUCUGUUACUUUAACCAAUUUGUUUGCACUGAAACUAUGUAUAAAAUGUCUUUAAAGCAGCGUUCUAUUCUUCUUGCUUCA